AUGUACGGCGAUGACGACGACUCGGGCACCGAGGACAACCGGCCGCUGAGCUUUAUCGCGUCCAAGUACCAAGGGGAGCACCUGGAUAAGGCUCAGAAGGCUGACGAGCCAGCCGGCGAUCGACUGCGACUCUUGCGCACGACAUCCGAUCAGACAAGUUCUGCGACCCAGUUGAAUCCCGAAACCAACGGCCUCAAUGGCGGGGUUGGCCUCAAGAAGUCCAACACGUUCCCCGUGAGGUUAGCCGGUGAUAGAAGCGGCUCGGGUGACAAUCCCAAGUCUCCCCCGCUACCCCCGCUGUCGCCGACUUUGACUUUGCGAGAUGUUCAGAAUGCAACGAGUUCGCAGCUAUCUCUUACAGACAUGGACAAUCCAAGUGAUAUCGCGAAAGAGUUCAGCAACCUGCAGGCGCUGCGGCGGAUGUCGAUGGAUGUUGGAAACACUAGCACUGAUCCCGACCUGCUGCAGUUCUCUGGCGUUUCGCUGAUGGAGAUGCCAUCAAUAGCUCCCACCGGCGACGACGAUGAGGCGGAUCCAUCCAGGUUGCUCUGGGUUCCGGCCAGGGUACAUCCAGAGCUCGAACCAACGGCCUUCAAGAACUUUCUCGAGAAACGGGUACAAUCGAUUAAGCGGAGAUCUGGUGACUCGUUUCUCUCUGUCGACGGAUUGCAGCGGGAUAACUCUGGCAGCUUGAGGCGGAAGAAAUCUAUGCUCUCACGGCAAGUCAACACCGGUGAGAAUGCCGAGGGAUACGUCGAUGGUGCGGAAAAGCUGGCGCGUCAGGGCUCCGUAAGCGAGCACGCCCCUGAGCUCAGCCUAUCCGAGUUGGUCAGCGACCCAACAAAAGCGGUGCAGAAGUUGGCACAGGAGACGAGACAAGAGGGUGGAGAGGCAGACAGUCCGAUUCUUCCCAUGGCCCCGGGUAUGGGUGGCAGUCAACGCUAUGGAGAUAAGGCCCCUUUCUCGAAGCGGCUCGCUGCGAGGCAAGCCGAUAAGGAGAUAGAUCCGUCUAUUGGGAAACCCCUGACCAGAGUCAUGUCCGAGCCCAUAACCGAGAACUAUUCUCGUCCCACUCGGACAGUUCGGAGGCAACAAAACUUCUCAAGGGACCUCUCCACGGCUGCCGCUGCCCCGACGGCCUCGGACGAAUCGGCCAAAGGGGGAGCUUCAAGCGCAGCUGCACCCACCUCCCCACCAAAGACACAGUCACCUCCGGUCAGGUCGUCUUCCACCUCGGCGAUACGCGCACCUGCUGCGUCUGUUCCCCAGAUCACUGACCCGGCCCCGGCUGAUGAGAAUGCGCAACCAACUCAGCCACUUCACCAAAGGUCAUCGUCCCAGAACGCUUCGGCUCAGGCCCAUACCGACCAGCCGCCUGCUUCCAUGGCGCCUGUGCACUCUGCGAAAGCUAGUAGUGUGAAGGAGCAAGCCUCUGCGAACCGCAACGCUCUCGCUGAGAUCAGUCAUCCAGAGGCACUACCCGGAAGCGGGGGAACGACGACGAGCAGUCUGACCUUUAUUCCGACGUUCGACACCAUCGAGCGAAAGCUGGACAGGAAGAGCAAGGACAAGGAUGACGCUGACAGCGUCGUUUCGCAGAAGUCGACCUCCAGUUGGAAGUGGUUCAAGAGCGACGAUAAGGAAAAAAAGAAGCGGGAGAAGGAGAAGGAGAGGGAACGGGAACGGGAACGGGAAAGGGAAAGGGAAAAGGAGCGGGAGGAGCAAGCGAGGAGAGCCAAGGGCAAGGCUGGUGACAAGAACCACGACCAUGCCAGGAUGGACGUCCUCCAAACUUCUAUCGAUAGCAGCGUCCCCAAGGGCCGAGAGAGCCUGCGUCUGGACCGCGACAGCAUUGAAGGAUUGCCGCAAGAGGACAAGAAGAAGGAGACGAAUCGGAAGUCCAGCGAGAAUAAGAAGGACCGAGAAGGCUUCUUUGGCGGCUUGUUCGGGGGGUCAAAGAAGAAGGGCGACAAGGACUCGAGUCACAAAAAGAAGGAUCAUCGGCCGCCUAGUCCGGACCCGCCUAUGCGCCCUCUCCGACCGGAUAUUGACUACCCCUGGACUCGGUUCCCAAUCAUUGAGGAACGAGCCAUUUAUCGGAUGGCCCACAUCAAACUUGCCAACCCUCGGCGACCACUGCACAGUCAGGUGCUGCUCAGCAACUUCAUGUACUCAUACCUGGCGAAGGUGCAGGCGAUGCACCCGCAACUGCAAAUCCCCACGUCUCCGCAACAGAAGAGACUGGAAGAGGAGCGGAAACGUCGAGAAGCGGAGCAGGCACAGCUGCAGAUGGAGCAACAGAUGGCCCAGCAGGCUGCCCAGGACGGGAGCUUCAACUUUGAAUACCAUCGCUCUGGCAACCAGUAUGGUGACGCUCCGCUCCAGCACGACAGCAGUGUCCAGUACAUCGACGACGCCCAGAUAUACGAGUAUGAGCAUGGCGAUCAUCAGCAGAACAAUGGCCACGGGGAUCAGGAGGAACAAGGCCAAGCUCAGGGUCAUGUCCGCCAAGGCAGCGGCGGCGCGCAACACUACUACUACGACGAUGACAACAAGCAAUUCGAUGGCCACGAGAACAGCGAUAUGUGGUAG